AUGAUCAGGAGUAUGAGCAAGCUAGCUCCAUUGUCAGAGGAGCCCAUUAUAAAUGAGGAUGAUUCUUCUUCUUCAAAGAACAGCUCCAUUAGUAAAGUUCAAUCAUGGAAGAAAUGGCUCCGAACCCAUUUCUCAUUUCAGCUCUUCUUCAACAAGAAAUCUGAUCAGCUAAGGAUCCUUUUGAGCGUUCUUGGUUGCCCUCUUUUCCCUCUGUCUCUUCAUCCCUCUUCUCCCACCUCUCAAGUAUCAUCCUCAGCUCAAUACAUUAUACAACAUUUUACAGCUGCAACUGGAUGUAGAAAGCUAGAAGGCCUAGUGAAGAACAUUUAUGCCACCGGAAAAGUGGCGAUGGCGGUAGUUGACCAUGAUCAAUUGGGCUUAGGAGGAGGAGGAGGAGGAGCCGCCACGGGAUUGGUUGCUUCGUUAUUAAUUUCAAAUAGUAACAGCAAUCAUAACGCUAAUCUACAAAAGGGUUGUUUCGUAAUGUGGCAAAUGAUGCCUAACAAAUGGCUGAUUGAGCUAGCUGUGGGUGGUCACAAAGUGGUGGCCGGUAGUGAUGGCAAUCUUGCUUGGCGCCAUACUCCUUGGCUAGGUGUUCAUGCUGCUAAAGGCGGUUGCCGCCCUCUUCGCCGGUCUUUUCAGGGAUUGGACCCAAUGGCUAUAGCAACCAUAUUUUCUCAAGCAGAGUACAUGGGAGAAAAACAAAUUUUUGAAGUGGAUUGCUUUGUUCUAAAACUAUCUGCGAAUCACGCCGACUUAGCUGAACGCAGUGACAACACAGCUGAAAUGAUAAAACAUUCAAUCUUCGGUUACUUUAGCCAAAAAAGUGGAUUACUUCUAUAUUUAGAAGACUCUUAUUUGACCCGGAUACAAUCGCCUGGAUCGCUCCCGACCUACUGGGAAACCACAAUGGCCACAAAGAUGGAAGAUUAUCGAUGUGUCGAGGGCGUGAAAGUUGCUCAUUCGGGGCAAUCGACUGUGAUUAUAACAAGGUUCGGAGAUAAUCUGAAGCUUGGACCUGCAUUUACUAGGAUGGAAGAAGUCUGGAGCAUUGAUGACAUUGCUUUCAAUGUUCCGGGUCUUUCCAUGGAUUGCUUCAUCUCUCCCAAGGAAUUGCAGAGGGACUAUCCAGAUGAAGACUUGGAAUGGAGGUCACCAUUGCAUCAUGAUGGAUUGAUUGAUUGA